AUGCAGCAUCCAGAUAAGAGGAAAUCGAAUGGGAGCAAUGCGGAACCUGCUCGGAAAUUGUUUUGUGUUUUUGUUUCUAAUGGGACCAUUGCGUAUUCAAUUCAUGAGAUCUGGAAUAUAGAGUCUUUUAGGACAUGGUUUGGAAAUCGAGAAAAUCCGUUUUCUUCUGUGUAUAGAUCUAUUAUCUCCCUCUGUGUACUGAUUUAUGCGCUGGCAAUGAUCAUCCUUCCCAUUAUUCUACUUACUAUGCUCAAUCUUAUGCUUCUGAGAAACAAUGAGAAUCAAAUGCAGAAAACUGAACAUCGAGUUACAUUGACAGUGACUUUUAUUGUCACAAUGUUCACCCUUACAAAUGGUCCUUCAGCGCUGAUGCACCUUAUUAGGACUACGUACAGUCUUCAACAACAGGAUUUAUAUGAUCUCACAAUGAUUUGCAGGUAAGA